AUGGUCAACCCAAAAUUCAAUAAAGACUUAGGACAACAUAUCUUAAAAAACAUGGGAGCUAUAGAUACUAUUCUUGAAAAAGCAAAAAUAAAACCAACUGAUGUUAUUUUAGAAAUCGGUGGUGGUACAGGAAACUUAACUUUAAAAAUGAUACCAAAAUGUAAAAAACUUAUUUGUUAUGAAAUGGACCCAAGACUCGCUUCAGAACUAGUAAAAAAAAUUAAUGCAAAUCGAGAAUAUGCUAACAAAUUUCAACUUUUUAUCGGUGAUGCCAUGAAACACGACUUUCCAUAUUUUGAUAUGUGUAUAAGUAAUCUACCAUACCAAAUUAGUAGUCCUUUUAUAUUUAAACUUUUAACUUAUAAUUUUAAGUGUGCUUAUAUAAUGUUCCAAAAAGAAUUUGCUGAUAGGCUUAUUGCUAGGCCAGGAUCACAAGACUAUUGUAGAUUGUCUGUGUCUGUGCAACUAUUGGCGCAGGUCGAUCAUAUUCUUAAAAUUAAAAAAAACUCAUUUGUUCCACCUCCUAAAGUCGAAUCGGCAGUUGUUAGAAUUGAACCCAAAAUUCCAAAACCGGUUAUAAAUUUCGAAGAUUUUGACGCUUUGCUAAAAAUUUGUUUUUUAAGGAAAAAUAAGACAUUGUUGGCUAAUUUUAGAGGAUCAACGUUUAUGAAGACUUUGAAAACCAAAAAACGACUAGAGGUAGAUGAAGGAGAGAAAUUAAUUAAAGAAAUUUUACAAAAUCUUGAUUUUAGUUCUAAAAGGGCAACAAAAAUGGAUACAGACGAUUUUUUAGAGUUAUAUUUGGAAUUUAAAAAAAAUGAUAUAGAUUUUAUUUAA